AUGAAGUUCCCAAGUUUGGCUGCCAUGGCUGUUGCACUGCCUUUUCUCCUUAUAGCUCUUUCUCUGGAUUUUGCAGCCGCCCAGAUCGGGAUCGCGUACGGGAGGAACGGGAUGGGACUACCACCCCCGCCCAGAGUCGUGGAGAUACUCAAGCAACACAACAUCCAACGGAUGCGGAUCUUCGACACCGACCGGGCGACCCUCGACGCCCUUCGAGGCUCCGACAUCGAAGUCACCGUCGGCAUCCUCAACCCGGAUCUAGGCCCCCUCGCCUCCGACCCGAAUGCCGCCGUCAGCUGGGUCCGCGAAAACAUACAACCAUACCACCCAGACGUCAAAUUCCGCCACGUCGUCGUCGGGAACGAGAUCAUGCCCGAGAACCCGGACACGGGAAUGUUUGUCCCGCUCGUCCUCCCGGCCAUGCGCAACAUACACGAUGCCUUGUGCGCCGUGCCUGGCUUGCGCGAUGCGGCCGUGAAGGUCACCACAGCCGUCAGCACGGAGGUCGUGGACCCCUCCUCGAACUUCCCACCGGAGAACGGGACUUUCCGUGAUGAUGUGGCGCCGUACCUCGACCCGAUCGUCGGGUUCUUGUCCGACACGGGUGGCCCGCUCUUCGCCAGCGUGUACCCUUACUUCGCCUACGUGGCGGACCAAAUGGGCGCGAGGGUAAUUGACAUCCGGUACGCCCGGCUCGACCCAGAUUUCCCGGGGGUUACAACCAUGUACGGGAACACGUACAAGAAUUUGUUUUACGCGCUCCUUGACACGGUGAACGCGGCUGUGGACAAGAGCAUUGGGAAGAUGGUGAGCACGGAUGCCGGAAAUCGGACGCCGCCGGACGUUGUUUCAGGGGAGAGCGGAAACCCAACUCUUCGUGGCCAUGGUGGAGGUCGGUCAACCGUGGGAAAGAAUUCCGGCAAUGAGGUGGCGGCGGAAGCUGUCGAGGGAGGGGAUAUGGGGACCACCGAGAACGCGGCUCGAUACAUAAACAACUUGAUACAGGCGGCGAAGUGCGGGACGCCGCUAAGGCCUGGGAGGCCUAUAGAGACGUAUAUUUUUGCUAUGUUUGACGAGAGCGAUAAGCCCGGGGAUGAGGCCGAGAGGAAUUUUGGGAUCUGUAAGCCUGACGGUGAGACCAAGUACCCAAUAAAUUUCAACUGA